AUGGCUGAAGGGAAACCGGACAGCGGCGUGCGAGAAGCCUUGGAGGAUAGGGAUCCUCACAGCUUAAACCAUCAUGUACAGAUAGUGUGGGACGACGUGAUCGGUGAGCCGGAAGGUGCUCGAAGCCCGGAGUGUGCUUGGCGUUUGAGCCACGUGUGUUUCCGGCACUCGCGCAACGCCUGCUACACGCUUCUGGCCGUACUGGUAGCACCGCCCUGCGCACUGAUCCUAGGCUGCGGCUUCGCAUGCCUUGCUUUCGAGCAAAUAUGGUGCUCAACGCCAUGUUUGAGGUGCUUGAAGAUAUACUUCGCGUCACUCCGUACACUAGUGCAGUCCUGCAUGGCGGCCACUGUAGCACCCGUGAUGGAGGCAGUUGGCUAUGUUUGCCGACACGUCCGCGUCAACUACCGUCAAGAUGCACCUGAUGAUACAGACCUGCUAAUUGUGUAG